AAAAUUUUUAAAGUAAUGAUAAAAGAAUCUGUUUUGGAGUUAUUGAAAUCAAUUUUGCAAAGUUUAUAUGGUGAUAUUCAUAAUAAUGAUCAGAAUAAUUCAACAAAAUAUGUAGGAAGAACUAAAGAGACUAAUUUUGAAAAUUACAAAUGUGAUAUGAUCUCAGACAUAGAUAAUGAAACUAUUGAAAGAGCUGAAAUUUCUCCUGAAAAAAAUAAAAUUGAUGACAGUAAUGAAGGUUUACUAAAUAAUAAUAAAUCAAAAAGUAAUCAUUUACAGUUGAAUGAAAGAAAUAAUAAUAAAAAUAAUAUCAGUGAUGAAGCUGCAUCAGAUGCAAUAAUUAUAAACGAAGAAAACUAUCAAAAUCCAAGUUCAAGAAAAGACUGUUUAAUACAAUCUUCAGAAAAUAAUAACAAUAUACCUAAAUGCAAAGAAAAAUCCUCUGAUGCUACUAUUGAAGAUCUUGUCACUGUAUGGUUAAAUGAUGAUGACGACUUUGAUGAAAUCAGUAAAGAAAUUGAAUUAGAAUUUCCAUCAGAAAAUGCUGAUGACAAUGAAAUUUUACAAUUGUCAAAUAACAAAGAUAAUUCAAAUUGCAAAAAUAUUACUAAUAAAGAUGAUAAUGCUUGCAAGAAAACAAUGGAAAAUAUAGAACAAGCAGAAAAGAAUGAAAGGAUUAAUUGGUCUCUUGGUAAUAUUAGAAAUGAACAAGGAAAUUUUAUUGAGCCUGUAAAAUUAUUUAUUCCAUCAACAAAGAAAAGAACUUUAGAAGAUUCUUCAAAAAAUUCCACUAAAUCAAAAUCUCCUGUUAAAAAACAAAAGAGCAUUAAAAACACUUUGGACCAACUUUCUGUCUCUGAUAUGUUUAUUAGUCAAUCAAAUGAAAAAUUUGUUACUCCAUAUACUUUAUUUUGUAGAGAUAAGAAACAUGAAGGUCAACAUCACUUCCUACUUUCCUAUCCAAACUUGCCACACGACGUCAUGAAAUCCCUAAGUGUGUGGUGCAAAGGACUCCUAUUGCACAGGAGCUUGACAUUCUGUUGUUUUUCCUGA